UCAGGGAACGGACACGGUAACACUAUAUUCAAGCACAUCGUAGUUGCUAAAAUACAACUCAAAACGCAUAAGUCAAGUCCAACUUAGCAUGGAUGCUAGCCAUUCAUGUGCAUUGUACUAGGCUAUACCAGCUUGCUAGCAAACUGACUAGAGGAUUGUACAGGAAGAGCGGGAAAUAAAUGAACGCCGAUAUGUGCUGAAGGAGAAGAACAUGUGAUCUGGGAACAGGAGAGCAAGGAACAGGACUCAGGUGCAACAGUCCAGGUGUGAUGAAAUAGUCAUGAGGAGAGGCAGAGUCUAGCUUGAAUUACAGCAGCCGGCGCUAAAGUAAUGAAGGAAAGAGCAAGAGCAGGAACGCCACAGAGAUGGACAGAAGACAGAGAUACAAGACGCCGGCAAGGCCAUUAGGAAAGUCUCGGGAGAAGAUCUAAAGCAUGACUCGACUGGAAGCGUCUCUCCAGCGCUCAGAAAGCCGCUCUGUUAUAGAAAUGCCGAGCAGACGAGAAAGCGCCAACGCUAGCAGACGAGGAAGCAUUAGCAUGAGCAGAAGAGAAAGUGUCAGCCAACAACACUCAGAGACAAGAAGAGAAACAGAACAAAGCAACGGUCGUGGCAUUUUUAAGCGAGCCAAUCGCUUCCUCUCACAAGACCGUGAACAGGACGACGGCAGUUCUUCAUCUCCAGUGCGCCAUUAUGAAAGAGGGCAUGCACUUCCAGCCAACCACAGUCCUGAGCGCAAAGCCGCCAUCCCCUUCCGAAAUCCUGAUCUGGGCCUCCCAUCCUAUAGGAGGCGCUAUGACAAUCUCAGUGAGCAGGCAAUAAGUGGCCUCUCCCCCCAGCGACACAUGAGUUAUUCAAAUUUCAGACGUGGAGACAGCCAAUCACGUGCAAGCCCUCGCUCUGGCAGCCCGAGAUCUACAAACAUCUCUCCACAGAGGCGAGGGGAAUCGCGAAGUUCGUCUUAUCGGAGAGGCUCUUCUACACACGGUCAUCGUAUGUCCUCUCAGCAGGCUUCAGGUAAAUGCACGCCAUCACGAAGACGGGAUUCGAUAGCCACGCGCACCUCAUCGCCUUCACGAAGCUCAGGUACAAAUAAAUAUGCAGAUUCCUAUAGCCCCGCCCACAAAAGAAGCCCCUCCCAGAGCUCCUACGGGCACAGCUUGGAUUCAGAAAAGCUGUAUAAGAAUCUCAAAUCAAUUGUGAGUUCGGCAGAAUCAGACGGAUAUGAUGAAAGAAAUGGCUGGUCAAAAAGAAUACAGUCUGAUGACGGUGGUUAUAACGAACGCAACCACAGCGGUCGCAGUAGUCGAAAAAGUGGUAGUCACAGAUCUGGCUACAACAGCCGGGAUUUCUCACCAACCGGAAGCAAUUGUGACACAAUUAAAAGUCGAAAUACUGGUCGCAACAGCAGAAAUAGUGGUGCCUCGACACCUCAUCGAAAUUACGAUGAACGUGAUACUGUGAAAAAUAGUACGUCAAAAAAUAAGAGUCGCAGGAAUGAGGUUUACUCGGAUAUCUCGGACAAACAAUCCAAAUCUGAUUCGCGUCAAUCACUAAGUCCCACCCACUCUCCUCUAAGCCCCACCUCCCCAGCAUCAACACCAAGCAUUGCUCAAUCAAGGCGGAGUCGAAAUCAGGCACCGACGCCAGAUUUGACCAAAUCACAAACCUUAACUCCAGAGACGGACAAGCCAGCUAUUGAUCGGAGCAGAAGCAACAUCAGGCGUGGCUUAGAGGCGCUAAUCCUUUCAGAAAACCCCAGGUCUUCCAGCCAACCAGCAGUGCCAGAAAUGACCAUCGAGGACUAUGUGAUCAUAGCAGAUAUUCCCAGAUCAAAGCUGUACCCUGAAGAAGAGGAAGCAAUAAUAGUGAGGAGGAGGCCACAGAGCCGGAGCCCACGCAGAGACAAUCAGCACAGUUAUGAGGAUGGGAGAUAUGGCUAUGAGCAUGAGGUUUCUGAAGAGCGUGGCAGAGGAAGGGAAAGAGAGCGAGGAAGAGACCGCAGAGAGAAAGAGCGGAGACGUCUAGACAAAGAGAUGGGAGGGUCGUCAAAAGCCAACAGCACCACGUCAGGCCAUUCACAGAAGUCCAAUAAAAAUGGAGACAUUAGGAUGACAAACGGAGGACACAGAGGUCAAGAAAAGCCCCCUCCUAUGCAGGGAUGGAUGUAUUUGCUGGAUGAAGAUGAGGAGUGGAGAAAGUUCUGGUUUGUGAUCACUGACUCUGGAUUAAGAUACUAUAGGGACUCUGAGGCUGAAGAGAGAGAUGAAGCAGAUGGUGAGGUUUACUUGCGCCAUUGUUUGCGAGUGGAGGAAUUUGAUGCAGACAAAAACUAUGGACUUCAGUUGCAUAUGCGCGAUGGACUGGUGACGCUGUCGGCGAUGACCUCCAGAAUCAGGAGGAACUGGAUCGACACUUUGAGGAGGAAAAUCUCCUUCAGGGAUUCAGCGGACAGCAUACAACACCUAGACAACAGUGACAUCAGUGACAGAGAAAACUCCAGUUCCCAGAAUGCACCAUCACAAACCUCUCCUGCGCCUCGUGAGCCGUGCUCAGAUGAUGGUGGUUUGUAUGAAGAUGAACCCGACAUCACUUGCUCUCCUUUAACCAAUCGUAGAGAAGCAGGCGAGGGUCGGGACCGAGAGCAUGAGCGGCGUCUGGAGGACCGAACCAAGUGGUUCCAGGAGGGGGUUUCCGACAGGGAGGGCGACGAUCCGUGGGAUAAAGUGGAGCUGAAGAAAGGGGGCACUCCAGUGGUUUUGACCCAGCUGCAGGUUCCUAAAGCCAAGACGGGGCCCGACAUCGAGAAGAAGUGGGAAGACUUUGAGCAGCUUCCAAUUGGAGAGAAAAGGUCACUGGUCGGUUCCCAGAAUCCACAAGCGGCAAAUGAGGCCCUUCAGAGAGAGGUGUUGUCUCUGAGGCAGCAGAUCGAGUCUCUCCGUCAGGUGCGUGUCGGAGCUCUCUGUGGUCCUGAAGCUCCCUGCGCUCUCAGACUGCAGCAGAUGGAGGAAGAGCACAGAGAGAGACUGAAGGAGAUUCAUGAGCAACAUGAGCGAGAGCGCAGAGACAUGGAGACUGAAAAACAGAGGCUGCUGCAGGAGGAGGCCAAAAACACACUCCAGGCUAUGGAGGCUCUGAGGAAAACACACCAGGAGGAGAUCGAGAGGCUGAAGGGUCACGGAGGAGAAGAGUUAACAGACCCGUCCAUCAAACAACAGCUGCAUGAGUCUCUGUCUCUGCAGCGUGAGCUGGAUGGUCUGUCGCAGCGUUACUCGCAGCAGUGUGUGGAGCUCAACCGCAUCCAGAGCGGCACUGACGAGAGAGACGGACAGAUCCGACAGAAGGAGAGAGACAUGGAGCAGCUCCGCAUGGAGAACCAGGAACUGCAGGCGCGUCUGACGGAGGAGAUAAGCCUCAUGCGAUCCUUCAUCACAGGUCAAAGGUCAGGCGUUGUUCCCCUUGGCAGCUACGAAAGAAGCACCUCCGAAUUGGAGAUGUUACUGAAGGUGAAGGAGAGCGAGGUGGAGUUUCUGCACAAGGAGAUCAGCUGUCUCAGGAAAGAGGUCCAGACUCUCACUAAGGAGAAUGAAGCGUUGGGCGAGCGCUAUAAAGAGGUCUAUGUGGAGCUGAGCGAGUUAAGAGGCCGCAGUGAGAGAGACAUCAACGCACUCAAACAACACCUCAAACUCACUGACGCGGCUCUGGAGGAGGGCCGUCUCCUGGGCAACAGCGACAACCAAUGAGAACGCAGCAUCACUUCACAUGCAAACAUUAGCACUGGGACGCUUUCUGUUAUGAGGAAUUCAUUUUUGUUAGAAACUACAAUGGUGCUAAAUAUCGGAAACUCUUAAAGCAAAAUAUGUAUAUAAACAUGCCUCUGUUGAGAGUAUGUAUUUUGAUCGUUAUGUGAAAAUAAACACAAAUCCAGACCAUU